UUAGAAAUGGAGAUGCGGAGAACUAACUGGUAAACUCUUCCUCAAUCUAUAAAAACUCACUAUUGUUCAUUGUUUUAAUCAAGUUUUCUAAAUUUGUUUUGAUCCUUCCUCUAGCGGAGUUAGAAAUUUUGGUUCCUUGUACGGGACUGGAUUGAUUCUCAGAAACAGAAGCAUGAUGGCAACCACUUUCUAUGAAGAACAGAGAUUUGGACUCAAUUAUUCUGAGGAAACAAGCAUUGUAAGAAGAAAUAUGAGAAAAUCAAAAGUGGUAAUGACCAGUGGAAGACCACUGGAGUCAGUUCUAAAGCAUCCAAAGUUGCUGGAUGGAGCUUCCAGAAAUAAAGGAGGCGUCGAAAACCUCAACCGCACAUUUGACGAUAUUGGAGACAUGACAGACAGAGUCGAACCUAAAAUGGGAGAUCUAAUUAGAGAAAGUGUUGAUGUACAGAAUAUGGAAGAUCCUGACUCACUAAAGAUUAAAUGCUCUUCUCCAAUGAAGCUUUCUGGAGAUGAAGUUAAUAUUUGUAUUAAGUAUCCUGAACUCAGAGUUGUGAGAUGAAGUGACAAAAAAGGAAUCAAAAACAUGCACAUGCACCAGGUGGAUGAGAGCUGAAUUUUAACAGACCCUAAGAAGUUUGAUAAAACACCAUUGAUGAAGAGACUUAACAGUGCAAGGAAAAGAUUCAAUGUAAAAGAAUCGAUUAUCUACUUUGUAUCAAAGUUUAGCAUUGAAGAAAAUGCCUUCUUCUUUGAAAAAGAUCUAUUGCAGAUUGAGCAAUGGGAGCAGAUAUUUUCAGAGUCUAUUUACAACGAAGAGAUCUGUGUUUUUAGAGAAGAUGGGGAGGAAUUUAUGCUAGUUAUCAAAAAACCAUGAAUUGAGAUGAAUAAUACCACUAAAAAUUAUACAGCUCAGUUUUACCCUGUUUCAGGCAAAAAUAAUGAAGAAGUCGAGCCUGAUGAUAUAACUUAUAAGGAGAUGAUACAAUGGCUGUUUAAUGAUUCUACUGGCUGGGAAACAAUUGCUCAAGAAUAUAUUGAAAGCUUUCAAAUUGAUGAUGACAUUGAUCGCUUACUUAAAAAUCCUAAAAAGAGAUUCUUUACUUUUAAUAAGUACGAAGAUAUAAGAGCAUACAAGAGAGAAAGUGAUCGAAUUAGAGAAUUUCCUUGUAAGAUGCAUAGUUUUUAUGCUAAAUUCAGCAAAUAUGAUAUAAGAAGAGUCAAGAGUCUUUGUAUAACUCUCAAUUUCAGACUCACAGGAUUCACAAGGACAUUCAUUUAUUCUUUCGACGAGUUUUUAGAUUUUUAUGGCCAAGAAGAAGGCCUUUGUGAAGAUGCUCUUGUGGAAUCAAUUAAGGAUUUUUAUUCAAAUACAGACAAUUUAUCAAGUUAUUUUAGAAUAUUAACAAUAGACACAUCUAAGUGUUCUACUCAGAGACACAAUACAAAGAAGUCAGUGGAGUGCACUAUCGGAAAUGCUCAUUGCUCGAUUACCUUCCCCCAUAUUGAAGAUUAUGACUACGAAAAGAACCAAGAAUUUACGAAAGUAAAGGUAAAGGACUACAGAAGCUUAUUUGGAAAGCUAUGUGGUGUCCAAUCCAAUAUUCUGACAGAUAUGGAAAACUAUAUUCCUCCUACAAACUGGAGGGAGAGACUUGGAGAAUUAUAUUUCCCAUAUUAGAAAUACUCAAUAGAA